UCACCACUGAAAAUAAUUGAAAUGCUCUAAAUUCUACUGAAUCGCCACGAAUACAUUUCAUUUAAUCAAAUAAAUCAUUCAGAAUAUUUUCGUUACGUAUUCACAGUGCAGCAUUCAAAGCACAGUGCGGCCUGUUCAUCGAGCGAUACCAUAUCAUAUAAUGUUUCGGAAACAUUAUGCUAUUAAAAAAACAAAAGUUUUUUGUCUCGUCAAGACGGGGACAAAGGAUUUGAGUGUAUCAUCAUUCGGGAUCGCUUUCAUCCUCUUCUUAGUAAAUACACACAUAGAAGAGACGAAUAUCUGAGGAGCAUUGAUUUCUGUUUAGUCUGCGAGAUUCAGUGAAUGUUGAUAUAGUCACCAGCUUUAUAUCGAAGGGUUGGCGUUAUCAUUGAGAUACGACAGAAAUGGCUGAGACUCCUCUGUCGAAUCCUUCGUCUCUUCAGUCGAGCAUUUGAAACGAUCCGAUCAACACGCAUUCGUCCGUAUCGCAAUUCGAUUUUAAAUAAGUUCCGGCGCAAAACCGAAGAAAACAGCAUCGAAAGUGAAGUUCGAGAAUAAAGUUUUGGUGGCGAUACCACGCUCCUGUUGACACUGGGUAAAAAAGGAUAAUGGAAAAUACACGGUGCGCGUUAUUUUUCGCGAUUCUCGGUUUGACUUCGGCUCUCAGUUCAAUAACGUUUCCAUUUUGCGAAAAUCUCAAAGAGCAUGAAAUGAACCUGAAUUUUUCAAAUAUCGGGAUAACGCGAUUGAAACAAUCUUUUGUUUCAAACGAUUUCAUCAAGUGCCUCAGUCUCAAUUCGAAUGGAUUAUCGACGAUUGAGAGUGACGCGUUCGAAGGACUUCCGAACCUGGAGGCUCUUGACUUAUCCGAUAACUCAUUAGACUUGAAAAAAUUUCUGCAAAGUGGCGAGUUUACGAACUUCACGACUCUCAUAUUGGACAGCGCUUUUAAGAAGCCCGAAGAAUUCGGCGAUCCUUAUGAAGAUUACCGAGACUCAACCGGAUACGGCGAUUUUUAUAAACUUUACCGAGACUUAGCCGGACCCACGCAAUGGGACUUAGCGACCGGCUUUUUUCCGAAGUUGCAGAAACUCUCGUUCAGCAAUUAUGGUACGCUGGAUGUACAAGAUUGGUUAGAAAAUUUCGAGAUGGUGACGAAUCUGACACAUCUUCGAUUGAACGCAAACUUAUUGAUAAAUUCCGAGCGUUUCCCGACGAAGCUUCUACAAAAUUUAACUCACUUUUGGCUUGAUGAUAACUCGAUGAAAACUUUUGUGGGUCAGGACAGUCCCAAAGUUCGUUAUCUCUCUAUGAAUAAGAAUGAAAUUAAAAAUAUAUGCUCCUUUUCCUGCAACAAUAUCUCGUACAACGAUCAACUGUCACUGCAUUCAAUGACGGAACUUGAGUACCUUUCAUUGGUAGACAACAAGAUUAAAUCCGUGGACUUCGAUGCAUUUUCCAACUCAGUGAAUUUGAGGACGCUCAAUCUUGCCAAAAAUUGUAUUGAAGCAUUUCCACGAGAAACUUUCAAGAAUGCGAUAUCUUUGGAAAGUCUUCGCCUCGACUAUAAUCGGCUCGAACUCGUACCCGAUCUAUGUGGCCUCAUAAAUCUUCGCGAAUUGUGGAUUAUUGGGAACCGCAUCAAGACCGUCGAUGAAACAUCGUUUUGUCAUCUACCAAAGCUCAGUGUUAUCAGCCUCCAGAAUAAUCAACUGACCAUCGUGGCGCCCCAGAGUUUUGGAAAUUUACCGAAGUUACAGACACUCGAUAUGUCGGUAAAUUCUCUCGCUCAACUGUCACCCGGUUGGUCCGGUCCAGGUAGUCAAAUUCUGAAUCUCAAUCUGACACAAAAUAAAUUCCAAAACAUCUCGGAUAUGCCGCUUGAACAACUUGAUCACUUGCAAAUUUUGACUAUUGAACGAAAUCCUAUUAAAACUCUCACUAUCAGAUCGUUGAGUAAUCUGCCUCCGAACACAACCAUCGCCUUCGAUUGUAGUUGCGAAAAUAAUGAUCUUGAAACUUCAACACAUCCAAUACAAUAUCCAUCCGGUACAAUUCAUUACAAUCCUAAUCUCGGAAUUUUUUAUGAUUAAUUCGGCAUUAUUAAAAUAUUUUUAAGAAUUCAUGUCGAGACUGUACAAUGAAGAUACGAAAAAAUUUCAACGCCGAAUACUUUCUACAAUGUUGGAAUUGAUGUCAUUAUUCAAUUCCUGGUACUUUACACAUCGAUGUAUAAUCACUGAAUAUCAAAUGUAUGUAAUGGAAUAAAUUUUUUUACUGAGA